GAGGGGGGGGCAUCCGAGACUCUUGACUUGACUGAAUAUUUUGGUUAGAGGGUAGACAUAGACACGUCUCCCCAGUGAUGUCAGGUGGGGUCAGCCACACCCCUUUCCUACCCUGCUGAGAAUUGUUGUGUGGUCUGGGAAGAGGCUAGGGUUUUUCGGGGUGUCUGGAUGACGGCACAGGUGUGUUAACCACACCAGUGCGUUCCUCUCGCUCUAUCCUAUCUGCUCGCUCGGUCUCUCCGUCACUUAAAGCUCUCUCUCUCUCUUUCUCUCGAUCCCUCCCUAUGGAUAAGUUAAAUGGAGCAAUAGCAGAAGAGGCUCUGUAAAGUAAUUCCACCCCAAUAAUUCUUAAGAGAGCAGGUCUGCAGCUGCUACAGAAACCGAAGCAACAGCCGGUAGCCGCAGUAACUGAGUGGAUUACCAGAAGCAUCAUGUGGAGCCAGUCAGGAUACUGCAAUCAAUUCCCUCACCCCGGACAUCCCUUCUACCACGCACCCUCCUGCAGCCAUAACCAGAGGACCACGACGUUCCGGCACCCCGUGACGGGACAGGUGUCUCAGGAGAACGUUGGUUUUAUCCUCCAAGAAAUGCCCGGCGGCCGCAUGUCAAACCCCCAGCAAGCCGACUUGCGGCCCUCCAGCACCAUCAGCGAGGCUUCCACCGCCGUCACCACCUCCACCGUGGACACCACCUCGGGGUCAAAGGGAUCCAGGUCCAGUGGGAGGGUGCACAGUUUUGGGAAGCGAGAGCAGUCCAUCAAGAGGAACCCCAAUGUCCCCGUGGUGGUGAGAGGAUGGCUCUACAAACAGGACGGCUCUGGAAUGAGGCUUUGGAAGAGGAAGUGGUUUGUGCUGGCUGACUACUGUCUGUUCUACUAUAAAGACAGCAGGGAGGAGUCAGUCCUGGGUAGUAUUCCUCUGCCCAGCUAUGUCGUCUCAGCCGUGGAGCCUGAGGACCACAUCAGCCGCAAGUACGCCUUCAAGGCCAACCACACGGGCACGCGCUCGUACAUUUACAACCGGAGCACUGUGAUUGACUCGCAGGCGGAGCACGGCGGCAUGCGGACGUACUUCUUCAGCGCCGACACGCAAGAGGACGUGAACGGCUGGGUGAAGGCCAUGAACCAGGCGGCGCUGAUGCAGAACCAAACCGACAGCCUCAAGAGGCCGUCGGAAACAUCGGAGAAAUCGGAAAUGCCCAACACAUCGGAGCGCAAGGGGGUCCCCCAAACCAACCACGUCAACAACUACACAAAGACCUCACACGAACCCCGAGCCGACCCCCAUCUCCAUAGCGAUGGAGUGGUCCUCGAACCUGCCGAUAUCCGAGAAACCGAGGAGCGCCGUAGCUUCCGGAAUGACACACUCAAUCCCAUCCCUUCCAAGAUUCCUUCCCUCGGCGGCGGAAGUGUGGAAAUUGAAAUGGACGCCGUCCCUCCUAGCAGUCUCCCUCCCCUUCCCUCCCUAACUCCUGACUCCGCCUCCGCACCCACAUCUGCGCCCCCCUCCAGGGCACCAUCGCGCGCCCCGUCGCGUGGCGCCUUCACCCUGCCCCCCGGGGCCUGUCUGAGGAAUGGGACACCCACUCCGGAACCCAACGGGAUGGGGACAGGGACGUACCAGAGGGCCACGCUGACCCCCCAGGUGGUUGACACUCAAAGGCAGGUGCAGAGGAGGAGCGCCCUGGAGCAGGUGGAGCACUGGGUCAAGGUGCAGAAGGCCGAGCACAAAGGCCCCCCCUCAAGAGGGGGCACCCUCCCCCGUCACAGCCCCCCGACCGCGGCACGCCAAGGGGAGUACAAAUACGCACAGGACCGCCUCAGCCACUUCCGACUCGGACCCUCAGACCCCCAGGGUAUCGGCGCCAGGGACGGGGUUGGCAUCGGUGGGCCUGGCACCGUGUGGCAGCUCUACGAGUGGCAGCAGCGCCACCAGUUCCGCCACGGCAGUCCCACUGCCCCCCUCUACACACCUGCCCCGGACUACCCCUUCGGGCCCAGGCCCCCCUCCACGGUGCCCCCCUCGGCCCCGCGACCCAGUUCUGAGGUUCCCCGCUGUGUGUCGGUUCCCCCAGACCCCUCCGAUAUCCUCCCACCGGGCCCCCAGAGCUCCAGGGCCCUGUCCCCGCCACGGAGGCCCCACACACCCGCUAACCGGGUGGUGGUAAUGCCCCAGGGGGGGAGAGAUGCACUGGACAUGCCGGUGGCUGGGUCCCCACGAAGAGCCAAGUCUCAACUACUCAAGGCUGCCACCAUCGAGAGACGGUCCAUGCCUCCCUCCAACUACAUCACACACACGGUCAGCGCGCCCAGCCUUCAUGGGAAAACGCCUGAGGAGCUCACCCUCCUGCUCAUUCAGCUCCGGAGGCAUCAGGCAAAGAUGGCCGCCGCUCGCCACCACACGCUAACCCAGCUGCAGCACUUCAACUACAGCCCUUCUGGCCCCCACUUCCUCACCACCAAAAACAACCCUCUCUUCUCCUCUGGCACUUCUUAUCUGGGGCCCUUCCUAGGCCCCAUGGGCCACGACAGCAGCAGCCAGGUUGACGAUACGUACAUGCAACUGAAGAAAGACCUGGAGUAUCUAGACUUGAAGGUGGUUGGAAGUCAGACGUUGAAAGAAGCAACGAGACCCGUCAGAGUAGCCGAGAGUGACGUGGAUGUGAAACUCAGUCGGUUAUGUGAGCAGGACAAGACCCUGAAGGAACUGGAGGUCCGGAUCUGCUCACUGAAGGAGGAUAAGGACAAGCUGGAGUCUGUGCUGGAUGUGUCCCACCAACAGAUGGAGCUGUACAGAGACCAGGCAGCCCACCUGGAGAAGAUAGCCUACCAGCAGAGACUCCUACAGGAGGACGUGGUGCACAUCAGGGCCGAGAUCUCCAGCGCAUCCACGGAGAUGGCCCGGGCCUGGGAGGACUACAGCAGGCUGGAGAGCUCUGUGGAGCAGUUGAGGGCCGUGCUAGAGGCACACAUGAACCACAGCGCCACCCCUCAGCAGGAGAAAACAGAGAUAAAGCGGGAGCUGUGGAGGAUAGAGGACGUGAUGGCAGGACUGAGCUCCAGCAAAGCCAACUACAAGAUCACAAUCGACUCAGUGCAGAACCCAGAGAGGAAACUAGUGGCUUCAGUGCCGGACCCAGCAGUGCCUUUGCAGAGCGCGAUGCCCCCCGUAGGGGAGGUUAGGCCCCCUCCUCGCAGCUCCUACACGCUGCUUCACAACCCCGUGCCAAAAUGGGCAGAAGAUGAGGCUCCUCCCAGACCACCCCUGCCCUGCCUCUACGAUUAUGAAGACCCGCCCCCCGCCAUCCCACCCCUCCCCAAAGAGGCGUCGGUGGUAGUACGACACACGUCGGUUCGCGGGCUCAAACGCCAGUCGGACGAGAGGAAGAGGGACCGAGAGAGCGGAGGGUGUGUCAACGGAGACUUUAAAGUGGAGCUGCGGUCAUACCUGAGUGAACCAGAACUGCCAGGGACGGACCAGAGCAGCACAGGGUCUGAGGGGGGCUACCAGACCCUCCCAAACAAAGGUCUGUCGGGCUCAUCGCCAAGGCUGAACCAGUCCAGUAACAUCUCCUCUUACGUGACCAUGAGGAGGGGGGCGGCCGUCUCUGCAGAGAGGGAGAGACCUAAGAGUGCUUUGGAGCAGCUGUACUCCUCUGGCCAGCAGCCCCAGCCUCUGGCCCAGGCCCCCCGGGGCCGCAUGAGCGCAGAAGAGCAGCUGGAGCGCAUGAAGAGGCACCAGAGGGCCCUGGUGCGCGAGCGCAAGAGGAACCUCAGCCAGGGAGAACGCCACUCCAACACUGCUCAUCGUACCUCCUCCUCCACCAGGGCUCUUUCCUCCACUGACCUGGGCUCAUGGAGGCGAGAGCAGCAGGACUUUGAUUUGCAGCUGGUGCAGAAAGCUCAGGUGGAAGAGCGACAGGUUGCCGAGGGCCAGAGCGAUGAGGGGCGGAGCGAGCUGAAGGAAAGGGAGAGGAUCCAAUCAGACGAGUGGCUCUCGGUGAUGGCCAUGCCCACGAUUGCCACACCCAUGAGGGAGACGGACAUGGAGCCCCUCGACUAUGACCUGGAUCUCAGUCGUGAGCUUUCCAAGCCUCAAAAGGUGUCUAUCCCAGAGCGCUAUGUGGAGUCGGACCCCGAGGAACCUCUGAGUCAGGAGGAGAUGGAGGAUCGUCAACGCAGAGCAGAACGCAUCAAAAACAUCCUGGCCAAAUCCAAUUUUCAGAACAUACACCCGUCGUCUGGCGCGUCUGUCCCACUGAACUUCACUGAUUUGGACAUAGCCAUGCAGCAGCAGGAGAGGAUCAUGACUGUGUCCCACGCCUUGGCCUCGGAAGCCUCCGUUAAGAGCAAGCAGUUCACAGCUAAAGCUCAGCUGAGCUCUGACUGACCGUUGACUCACAGACGCCAAGGCACCAACAGGACCUCCGUGUGGAUGAAAAUUGUUUGUGGAGUUCACUGACAAAAGUGAAGUGAUUUUGUAUUAGGCUUUUUAUUAGAGCUAAAACGAGAUGUUUUGAAGAACCAAAAAUAGUUAUUUGAAACUACACUGCGUGUACCUAAUGUUAAGGUUGAAUUGGAGUUGUUUUUACAUGCUUUUGCACUUAUGGUGUGUUGUGUGGAUUUAUUAACACCUACUAGUUUUUGCAAUAGAGAGUAAUUAGCUGUUUUUUUUGCAGUGUGGUCUAUAUUUAACAAAUUUAAGUUCAAAGCAAUAUUUUCUAAGGUCGCAGAUAGGUAAAUGUAUUUAUUUUGAGUAAUGAAAGGAUCUUGCACCAAAUAUAACUUUUUGUAGCUCAGCAAUGCCACCUAAUGCUUUGGCCAAUCAACUGUAUUAUAUCAUUUAAAAAGGAAAGAAACCAUACUGGUGUUUUAUUGAAAUAAAGGUUUUAACAAAA